AUGUUUCCAACAGGUUUUUCUUCCCCCAAUCCCUCAGCUGCUGCUGCUGCUCAGGAGGUCAGAUCUGCUACUGAUGGUAAUACCAGCACCACUCCGCCCACCUCUGCCAAGAAGAGAAAGUUAAACAGCAGUAGCAGCAGCAGCAGCAGUAACAGUAGUAACGAGAGAGAAGACUUUGAUUCCACCUCUUCCUCCUCUUCCACUCCUCCUUUACAACCAAGGGAUUCAGCAUCCCCUUCAACCUCGGCCUUCUGCCUAGGGGGUUCAGGGGCUACUUCGAGCCACCCAAUACAGAAGAAGCUGCGUUUUGAAGACAACCUGGAGUUUGUAGGGUUUGAUGCGAAGAUGGCUGAGGAAUCCUCCUCCUCCUCCUCCUCAUCUUCACCAACUGCUGCACCAUCUCAGCAGCAACAACUUAAACAUAAGAGUAUAUUAAUCUCUUCUGUGGCUUCGGUGCACCAUGCAAACGGCCUGGCCAAAUCUUCUACCACCGUCUCUAGCUUUGCUAACAGCAAACCUGGCUCUGCUAAGAAGUUAGUGAUCAAGAACUUUAAAGAUAAACCUAAAUUACCAGAAAACUAUACCGAUGAAACAUGGCAGAAGUUAAAGGAAGCAGUGGAAGCUAUCCAGAAUAGUACUUCAAUUAAGUAUAAUUUAGAAGAACUCUACCAGGCUGUAGAAAAUCUUUGUUCUUACAAGAUUUCUGCAAAUUUGUACAAGCAGCUGAGACAGAUUUGUGAAGAGCACAUCAAGUCACAGAUUCAUCAGUUCAGAGAGGAUUCAUUGGAUAGUGUUCUUUUUCUAAAGAAGAUCGAUAAAUGCUGGCAAAAUCAUUGCAGACAAAUGAUCAUGAUUAGGAGCAUUUUUUUGUUCCUGGAUAGAACUUACGUUCUUCAGAAUUCCAUGCUACCUUCCAUUUGGGACAUGGGACUGGAGUUAUUUAGAGCUCACAUUAUAAGUGAUCAGAAAGUCCAGAAUAAGACAAUUGAUGGCAUUCUUCUCUUGAUUGAGAGAGAACGGAAUGGUGAAGCAAUUGAUAGAAGUUUACUCCGAAGUCUUUUAAGCAUGCUCUCUGAUUUGCAAAUUUAUCAAGAUUCUUUUGAACAACGUUUUCUGGAGGAAACUAACCGACUUUAUGCAGCUGAAGGCCAAAAAUUAAUGCAAGAGAGAGAGGUUCCGGAGUAUCUUCACCAUGUUAACAAGCGUCUAGAAGAAGAGGCUGACAGACUUAUUACUUACUUAGAUCAGACCACUCAGAAGUCAUUAAUUGCAACAGUAGAGAAACAACUUCUAGGUGAACACUUAACAGCAAUUCUUCAGAAAGGUUUGAAUAACCUUCUUGAUGAAAACCGAAUUCAAGAUUUAUCUCUCCUGUAUCAGCUCUUCAGUAGAGUUAGAGGUGGAGUUCAGGUACUUUUGCAGCAGUGGAUUGAAUAUAUCAAGGCAUUUGGCAGCACGAUUGUAAUCAAUCCUGAAAAAGAUAAAACCAUGGUUCAAGAAUUGCUGGAUUUUAAAGAUAAAGUUGAUCAUAUAAUUGAUAUCUGCUUUCUGAAGAAUGAAAAAUUUAUCAAUGCCAUGAAAGAAGCAUUUGAAACAUUCAUUAACAAAAGACCAAACAAACCUGCUGAACUUAUAGCUAAGUAUGUAGAUUCAAAGCUUCGUGCAGGCAACAAAGAAGCUACAGAUGAAGAACUUGAAAAAAUGUUGGAUAAAAUUAUGAUUAUAUUUAGAUUUAUCUAUGGCAAGGAUGUGUUUGAAGCCUUUUAUAAGAAAGAUUUAGCCAAACGCCUGCUAGUUGGAAAAAGUGCAUCUGUAGAUGCUGAAAAAUCGAUGCUGUCCAAACUUAAACAUGAAUGUGGAGCUGCUUUCACCAGCAAACUUGAAGGAAUGUUUAAAGACAUGGAGCUUUCUAAAGACAUCAUGAUUCAGUUCAAACAGUAUAUGCAGAAUCAGAAUGUACCUGGAAAUAUUGAGUUAACUGUGAAUAUCCUGACAAUGGGUUAUUGGCCAACAUAUGUGCCUAUGGAAGUCCAUUUGCCACCAGAGAUGGUAAAACUUCAAGAGAUUUUCAAGACAUUUUACCUAGGCAAACACAGUGGCCGGAAACUUCAGUGGCAGUCCACUCUUGGACACUGUGUGCUAAAAGCAGAAUUUAAAGAGGGUAAAAAGGAACUCCAGGUCUCUCUUUUUCAAACACUGGUGCUGCUAAUGUUUAAUGAGGGAGAGGAGUUCAGUUUAGAAGAGAUCAAGCAAGCUACCGGAAUAGAGGAUGGAGAGUUAAGGAGAACGCUGCAGUCACUGGCUUGUGGCAAAGCGAGAGUUCUGGCAAAAAAUCCAAAGGGCAAAGAUAUCGAAGAUGGUGACAAGUUCAUUUGUAAUGAUGAUUUCAAACACAAACUUUUCAGGAUAAAGAUCAAUCAAAUCCAAAUGAAAGAAACGGUUGAAGAGCAAGCAAGCACUACAGAAAGAGUGUUCCAGGACAGACAGUAUCAAAUUGAUGCGGCGAUCGUGCGAAUUAUGAAAAUGAGAAAGACACUGAGUCACAAUCUUCUUGUUUCUGAAGUGUAUAACCAGUUGAAAUUUCCUGUAAAGCCUGCUGAUCUUAAGAAGAGAAUAGAGUCAUUAAUUGACAGAGACUACAUGGAAAGAGAUAAAGAAAAUCCAAAUCAGUACAACUACAUUGCGUAA